AUGACCGGACGAGGAAAAGGUAAAGCCCAGGGCACCAAGUCAAAGACUCGUUCUUCCAGGGCAGGUCUACAGUUUCCUGUUGGUCGCAUCCAUCGCCUUCUUCGUAAAGGCAACUACGCUGAACGCGUCGGAGCCGGUGCUCCCGUGUACUUGGCUGCCGUACUUGAGUAUCUGAGUGCUGAGAUCCUCGAGUUAGCAGGAAACGCAGCACGCGACAACAAGAAGUCAAGAAUCAUUCCUCGUCACCUCCAGUUGGCUGUGCGAAAUGACGAAGAAUUAAACAAACUCCUUGCCGGUGUCACCAUCGCUCAAGGCGGUGUUCUUCCCAACAUUCAGGCAGUAUUACUACCUAAAAAGACAGAGAAGAAACAACACUAAGCGACGGCAACAACCAUAAAUACAAACGGCUCUUUUAGGAGCCACCAAGUCUAGAAUAAAGUCAUGACCAAUCACGAUAUAAAUUUGUAAUCUACCCCCCAAAUAGUAUUCGCCGUCUAAGUUUGGGGUUAAUAACUCGAUCGAUACUUAGCCACAAAUAAUUAUGUCUCGCGGAAACUCGCUAUUUCUAUUUGUUUUUGCAUGGUUCCAUGUUGCUAGUUUUGUUCAUAAAUGCGUAUACCAAAGCAUAUUUAGCGCUAUUUCGGCUAUCGCAUGUAAGAAACAAACAACAACAACCACAGCAUUGCUUGAAAAAACUGAAACCAGUCUUAGGUCAGUUUAGCUCGGUGUAACAUGAAUUUAAAGACUGAUGUGAUUAUAUCAUGAAAGUUGAAAUUGCGUUUGCUUUCUAUGCAGGUUUCAUUCGCGCUGUUUCCAACAGGUUUUUAUACGAACUUCGAGGUACAUACCAAGCGACAAUCGAACAACUUUCUGCUUUUUUAAACGAGUACACAAUUAAUCGCAUUCCUACCAACCGGGAACAAACAUUGCUGCUACUACUGAGCUUGAAAUGUUGUUUUCUUUUUGCCUAAAAAUUACAAGAGAUCGUCGUGAUUUCCUUCGGUACACAAGCUGUUUACGUAAAAUAAACUAACACAGUUAUAAACCGUCGUCGGUAACGACACAAACCAGCUUGCUCUCUUAAUUCUGCCACAACAACAACGUACAACAACAGUUUAUUCACUAACUAAUUAAAGACAAAAAAGCUUUACAGUAUUGUAUGCCCCGCAAAGAGCUAUGAGGCUAAUCUAGACGGGAAAAAAAUAAUUUCCCUGUAUAAGUAACGACUGCGCUGCUGUAAAGUCACUAAAAAAGAAAAAACUGGCGUGGACGCACCCAGUAAAUAAAGCGCUGAAUCGAUUUCAGGUGUAUGUUGACUUGUUGAUAUGUAUAUAAACCUUCAGCAAUGAUCGUAAUGAAAACAAAUUCUCUUAUCACGUAUUGGUCAGAGCUUUUCAUACAUUUGUUGGCUCCUAAAAGAGCCGUUGGUUUAAGUGUUGAUCAGGGAUUACAGUGUAUUCUAACCCCCAAAACCGUACAGAGUACGUCCUUGUCGUUUCAGAGCGUAUACUACGUCCAUGGCUGUAACGGUCUUACGCUUGGCGUGCUCGGUGUAGGUCACGGCAUCGCGGAUAACGUUCUCAAGGAAAACUUUCAGAACACCGCGUGUCUCCUCGUAGAUCAGUCCAGAAAUUCGCUUUACACCCCCACGGCGAGCGAGACGACGGAUCGCUGGCUUGGUAAUUCCUUGGAUAUUAUCGCGUAG